AUGCCACGGAUCUCGCCCAAGCUAGCCCGACUAGCUCGAGAAUAUUCUCCACUACUACCUCCAUUGCUUAAAGCCAAUCAAAACUUGCAAUCUGCGAAGAACGAGCUACGAUGGAUCAAGAACGAGCUACCAAGACACCAAUGGAAAGAAGCUAUCUAUAAACGUGCCAAAAAGGUACCUCUCCAGUACAUUUUAGGCAGCCAGCCCUUUGGAAGUCUUGAGAUACGCUGUGAGCCUGGAGUGUUGAUUCCACGGUGGGAAACCGAAGAAUGGGUCCAGAGAUUAGUGGAUAUUUUGAGACCUCUUCACCCAUUGGCUAUGAUCGAUGCAUGUACUGGAACGGGAUGCAUUCCCAUCUUCAUGAAAAAAGAACUACCCAAUUGGAAUGUAAAUGCGUUUGAUAUCUCGCAAAAAGCGAUUUCUUUGGCUACAAGAAACUGCCAGCACUCCGAUGUUGAUGUCAAUGUUCAUUAUGGUGAUGUAUUCGAUGAGGGAUUGACAAACAAGUUGGGAGAAGUAGACUUUGUCACAGCAAAUCCUCCGUACAUUCCUCUAGAGGACUACUUGAAACCGGUGGUCUUGGAUGGGCCCGAGGAUUCUGUUCGGCUCUUCGAGCCCCAGCUAGCACUAGUGGGAGAUACAGAGUUCUACAGUGCACUCGUGAGGAAUAUAGUACUUCCGCUGAAUUGUAGGGGUUUUUUGUUUGAAUUGGGAUAUGAAGAGCAGGUUGAUGCUACAGCAAAGUUGCUUCCGAGUAAUUGGGACGUUGGGAAAUACUAUGAUCUGGCUGGAAAGCUACGGUGUGUGUUGGGAUGGAGAAAAGACUCAGAUUUGGCACUUCUCCACAAACUUUGCACAAGAGAUAUUGAAUGGAAUUAA